UGGAACUGGAGUCAGCCCUGGUCCUGUGGCCGCUGCCUUGGUGGGGACUGGGACCCUAGCUCGAGCUAGCAAUAAAAUUCCUUGCCUUUUGCAUCACCCCUUUAUUCUGGGGGUUGUCCGGGGCAAAGGAAAUAAGACCCUCCGUGUGGAAUUUUGCCUCUGGAAGCCUGUACGGAGUCUGUAGGGCCGGUGACAGUGACUCGCACGGACCCAGAUGGCUGGAGAGUCGGGGAGUGUGGAGGUGGCCCUCACUCUCCCCUGAGGUUCCCGUCGCCGUGGAAGCUGUUUGGUGGAGGGGACGCCCCCAGCACGGAGCGUGGGGUGGAUGCUCGCAGCCUGGACCCGCCACCCGCUGGUGAGCCCCGCUCGGAAGGAGGAAGAGCCCCCCGGGAGGGGACAGCGCCGGCAGCUCCCAACAGCCGUCGGAAGGUCCGCGUCGCUCGCCAUGGCCCGCCCCCUGUGUGGAGUAGCCAUCCUGCUCGUCCUCCACGCCGCCACGGCCGUCCAGGGACACGGAACCCCCCGGCCGCCGCCUGGCCUCACCUGGCAAGUUCUCAACGGCGAGACCUACGAAGUCCUCAACGCCUCCCACCACGAGGCCCCCGUGGGGACCUGGUGGCCCGACCUGGUGUUUGACCUGGAGACGCUGGUGGGGGGCGUCACCUACGACCCGGGCUACAUCCGAAAGAUCGGCUUCUUCGCGUGCCCGGGACACCGCGGGGAGGAGCACCUGGGCACCUGCGGGGGCGCCGCGCGCUAUUUCUGCAAGGCCUGGGCGUGCGUGUCCUCGAAUGACGGCAAGUGGCGGUGGACGUCGCCCGUCAAGGACGACCUCAUCAGCUUGGCGUUCCUCGGCCCGCUCCCUCGGAACGUGGGCCUCGGGCAGUGUGGAGGCUGUGCCCGGGUGCGGCUCUCCUUCACGGACCGCGGGAAACGGGACGCGCGCUGGGGCGGCGGGCUCACGUGGGGGUUACAGCUGUACGAGGGGCCCUUCUACUACCCCGGGGCCCUCUUCACUGUAAGACUGAAGGUAGAAAACAGUCUGACGCCCGCAGGACCCGAGGAGGUGCUAAAGGGAAAGAGUGGAGAAGAGCAGCAACGCCCUACGGCGUCUCCAGAGGGGUGGGAACCAGCAGAAGGGACCGUCACAAACGGCUCUCCUGAGGUGACCCCCCCAUCCCCUCCAGAACGGGACUGACCUUUAGUGUUCAUGGCCACGUGAUUAAUCCCGCCUCUGGAUUCUGUGUCCUGCUAAGGUUGUUCUUUGUCACACAGAGGAGGAAUCGUAUGGGCAUCUGCCGGCAGGGACAAGAUGUACGCACGGCCCUCACCCUCUCAGCCCUGUUCCCCUGGGAGCCCCAGGUGCAGGUACCGGGGUGGCCUCUUUGGCCACACAGAGCAGGAGCCCAGCAGGGCUCAGGGUGGCAGUGGAUGAGGACACAGCCGAGAAAACUCCAUCUCCCUCUUAGGAAAGUCCCCCACCUCUGUAUCGGAGGUUGUGCUGCAAAACAGGCAAGGUCUGGAGCUAGUUUUCCUCCAGCAAGGGGGUCCGUGUGCCGCUCUUGGUCAAGAAUGCUGCUUUCGGGGGCUGGAGCGAUAGCACAGCGGGUAGGACAUUUGCCUUGCGCAUGGCCGACCCGGGUUCGAUUUCCAGCAUCCCAUAUGGUCCCCUGAGCAGCACCAGGAGUGAUUCCUGAGUGCAGAGCCAGGAGUAACCCCUGUGCAUUGCCAGGUGUAACCCAAAAAGCGAAAAAAAAAAAAUGCUGGUUUCAUGCAGAUCACACAGGAGUUGUCUGGGGGUCAGUGGCCCAAGUCAGAGAAGGGCUCACAAGAAGAAAACGCGAACGGGAACAGCAGGGAUGGCUUGAGUCUUGGCUAAACUCCCCUCCGUGGCUCACGACCCUGCUCUCCUCCUUUGUGGGACCCUUAAUGAUUUUAUACUAAUUCUUACCUUUGGGCCAUGUAUUCUGAACAAGCUAGUGGCUUUUGUUAAAGAUAGAAUAAAUACGGCGCAGCUUCUGGUUUUAAGGCAGCAAUAUAAUGAGUUGGCUAAAGGGCCCCGCUCUUUCGAGGAACUAGGGCUCCACGGGUCUGAUUGCUCUUGAAAUGCACAAGAAACAGGGGGGGAAUGAGAAACCGUGCUUUUUGAUAGCCAAGGAGGCGCCACGACAGGCUAUAAAACUGUUAGAGCAGGCCUCAGUUUCCCCAUCCUAGAACAGCCAGUAGUCACUUCCCUAAAGUAAGGUGCAGCGCUCUAGACCAAUCAGAAAGGGCUUGCAAAGUCCAGGGCCAACCCGAUGGGCCCAACUAAUCACCGUGAGCCGGCUCAGCAACCUGUGUGCCCAAACUAACGCCUGUUAGAACUGGAGUCAGGGUCCUUGUCCUGAGGCCGCUGUGUGGUGGGGACUGGGACCCUAGCUUGAGCUAGCAAUAAAAUUCCUUGCCUUUUGCAACACGUGAGUGGUCUCUGACUCCGGUAGAACAACGGGAGUGGGGUUUUGAAAAUAGGCGCUGCUGACUCUGGAAAUUUUCGUCUAGAAUCUUUAACU